CCAAACCAAAAACAACAACAAUGGAAGAAGACUACGAUAACAAUUCCGACCUAGAUUUCAGUUUCACCAGCACCACCUCCGACCGAACCUUAACUUCCUCCAGCGCUCGCAGCAGUCUAACCCGUACAAGUCUAAAUCUCAGCUUCAACGAAUCCCUCCUUUCCACCACCAAUAAUAAUCUCCACCGCCGCCGAUCUCGCGAUUCCGAUCCACACUGGUCGGCAAUCAAAGCAGCCACCACAAUCUCCUCAAACGGAAACCUAAAUCUUAAUCAUCUCAAACUAUUACGUAAACUAGGAACAGGAAACCUCGGUCGCGUUUUCCUCUGUCGCCUCCGCGAUAACGAUCACACAAACUUCGCUCUAAAAGUCGUCGAUCGCGAGUUUCUUUCAUCUAAAAAACUUUCAAAUAUCAAAACGGAAGCUGAAAUCCUCUCCAUGCUCGACCACCCUUUUCUCCCUACACUCUACGCUCAUCUCGAAAUCUCACACUACACUUGUCUUUUAAUAGAUUACUGCCCAAACGGGGAUCUCCACGCCCUCCUCCGUAAACAACCGGAAUACCGCUUACCACUCGCCGCCGUCAGAUUCUACGCCGCCGAAGUAUUGGUAGCGUUAGAAUAUCUACAUUCACUAGGAAUCGUUUAUCGCGAUUUGAAACCGGAAAACAUUCUUCUCCGAGAAGAUGGUCAUAUAAUGUUAUCAGAUUUCGAUCUCUGUUUCAGAUCCGACGUCUACCCAAGACUUGAAACCCGUCGUCGGCGACGACGGCAUCGGAAAAGUUGCUUCUUACAAGAUGACAAUGAGGGUAUGGAGUUAGUUAGGAAAUUCGUGGCGGAACCGACGACGGCGUAUUCACGAUCAUGCGUCGGUACCCAUGAAUAUUUAGCGCCGGAAUUAGUCUCCGGCAAUGGCCAUGGUAGCGGGGUUGAUUGGUGGGCGUUUGGGAUUUUCUUAUACGAACUUCUGCAUGGAACGACGCCGUUUAAGGGUGGAAGUAAAGAAGGAACUUUGAGAAAUAUAGCGUCGAGUAGAGGUGUUAGGUUUGUUUCUAAUGGAGAAGAUGUAGGACUGAUGGCGGUUAGAGAUUUGAUCGAACGGUUAUUAGUUAAGGAUCCGAGGAGAAGGUUGGGAUUUAAUGGAGGUGCUAGUGAUAUAAAAUGUCACCCUUUUUUUAACGGAGUUAAGUGGGCGUUAAUUCGGAUGUAUAAACCGCCGGAGGUGCGGGGAAUUACGGUUGCGAAGAGAGGUGGGGCGGCGGCGCCGGUGAAGAGAAGGCGGUGGUAUUUAUGGAAAGGAUUGAGUUUUCUUAUGAGGAAGAAGAACAAGUAUAAUUUGAUGAAUGGGAAUAACAAAUACUAUAAAAGUGUUUGUUGAUAUGAAUUUUGUUUUUGGUUGGUUGGUUGUAAAUGAGAUAAUUAUAUCAAAUUAGAGUUUUAUUUGAGU